GUUGCUCCAUCCCAACAGCAGGGCCAGAGAACCCGUCGCUGUUCUGUUCUGCUUUCUGCCCGUCCGCUGCUCUCUCUAAUCGAUCGUGUCCUCCACCGGGGGCAUCCUCUUCGCCCGACGUCCACUGCUCUGCUCUCUCUCCGAUUUCUAACUCCACCCGCGGCAUCAUCUCCGUCCGGCGUCAGCUGCUCUCUCUCCAUCUUCUGAUCGAUCGUGUCCCCCACCGGCGGCAUCCUCUCCGUCCGGCGUCCGCUGCUCUCUCUCCGAUUUCUACCUCCACCGGCUGCAUCAUCUCCGUCGUGAAAUAGUUUAAUCGCCGGUGGUUGUCCUCAGAAGAACGAUCGGAUUGCUGACUGCUCCCCUGCUCUAUUCUUCUUUCACACCUUUCCACUUCUUCUUCACUCACGAACGAAACUGCAUUUUAGGAAGAAUGGGGAGUGCUGGUAAUACUGGAACCAUCUAUGGUGAAUACACAUACGAUAAUUUGGAAAGGGAACCUUACUGGCCUUCUGAGAAACUGAGGAUUUCCAUCACUGGUGCCGGCGGGUUCAUUGCUUCCCAUAUCGCUAGGCGCUUGAAGAGCGAGGGUCAUUACAUCAUUGCCUCCGAUUGGAAGAAAAAUGAGCACAUGACAGAGGACAUGUUCUGCCAUGAGUUUCAUCUUGUGGACCUAAGGGUGAUGGAUAACUGCCUCAAGGUUACCACUGGCGUCGACCAUGUUUUUAAUCUGGCUGCAGAUAUGGGAGGGAUGGGCUUUAUCCAGUCUAACCAUUCAGUGAUUAUGUACAAUAACACGAUGAUCAGCUUCAACAUGCUCGAGGCUUCCAGGAUUAAUGGCGUUAAGAGGCUUUUUUAUGCAUCUAGUGCUUGCAUAUACCCAGAAUUUAAACAGUUGGAUACUAAUGUUAGCCUCAAGGAGUCUGACGCCUGGCCUGCAGAACCUCAAGAUGCAUACGGCUUAGAGAAACUUGCAACAGAGGAGCUAUGCAAGCACUACAAUAAGGACUUUGGGAUUGAAUGCAGAGUUGGUCGUUUCCAUAAUAUCUAUGGACCCUUUGGAACAUGGAAAGGUGGAAGGGAGAAGGCUCCUGCUGCUUUCUGUAGGAAGGCAAUUACUUCAACUGACAGGUUUGAGAUGUGGGGUGAUGGCCUGCAAACACGAUCUUUCACUUUCAUUGAUGAAUGUGUUGAAGGUGUCUUGAGAUUGACGAAGUCAGAUUUCCGGGAGCCCUUGAACAUUGGUAGCGAUGAAAUGGUCAGCAUGAACGAGAUGGCAGAAAUUGUGCUCAGUUUUGAGGACAAGAAUCUCCCCAUCCAUCAUAUCCCUGGUCCAGAGGGCGUCCGUGGUCGCAACUCGGACAACACACUGAUAAAGGAGAAGCUGGGUUGGGCACCAACAAUGAAACUGAAGGAUGGUUUGAGGAUCACGUACUUUUGGAUAAAAGACCAGAUUGAGAAAGAAAAGGCACAAGGGGUCGAUUUAUCAAUUUAUGGAACAUCUAAAGUGGUUGGCACCCAAGCCCCAGUUCAACUUGGUUCACUUCGUGCUGCUGAUGGAAAAGAGUGAAGCUGUAGAUCAAGUUUAACCAAUCUUUAAUAUUAUUCGGUCUCGGUGGAGGAACUUGAAUUUAAAAGCCACUGUUGAACUUCCAGGUUGCUGUGUGCUUUCUUGAUCAUGUUAUUGCGCAGUGAGCAUUCUCCUGGCCGCAAUGUAUUUCUAGUUUUUCUUAGGAGGUGCAUGGUAUUUUUUUCAUUGUAGAAGUGGCGGUGCUUAUGCCACUAUUACCAUGUAUUGUUCUGUGCUGGCACCCUAUGUUUUCUCUGAUGCCCUUGAGAUAUCAUGUUAUAUUUAUAUUGAAUAUUAGCAAGCAGAUAUCUUAUUUCUAUCUA